CCAUGGGGGACGAGGUGGAGGAGGACAAAAGAGGGCAGCUUCCGCAAGAUCUUGAGAUGUGUGAAGACUACUGCAGACAGCGCAUCAGCUUAUUAGCACUACCACAGCCAGCAGCGCCCCCACCAUCCUCCAGUUCAUUCCUCUUUCCAGACCUGCUGCAGGUAGUUUGCCAAGAACAAGGCAAGCAAAGCCUACCGAUCGAUCGAUCGAUCGGAACCGAUCUCAUGCGGCAGCUCUGCCCAUCCAUCUGAGAUCGAUUGAUCGAUCGCCAGGUGUGUAUACCCGUUAAUUUUCAUGGGGAGCGACGGCAAGUUGGGUUCGGGCUCCGCCGCCGUCUGCUGCAUGUGCGGCGACCAUGGCCUGCUGCCGGAGCUGUUCCGCUGCGACGCCUGCUCCGUCCGCUCCCAGCACACGUACUGCACGGAUUGGUACCCCAAGGCGGAGGCGUACGGCACAUGCAACUGGUGCCUGAGGGCAGGGCAAGGAAGCGGCGACGGCGGCGGCGCCGUUCCUAGCCCGGUGAUAUCCACCUUCAAAGUGCCCGGCCGGCCUGUGCCGGCCGCUGACCGCAUGGAUGUCCCGGUUUGCAGCGGUGGCAGCAGAUCGAUGCCGGGGAAGGUCGCGGCUCGCGGCGACUUCACCGCGGAGCUGAACAAGCCUAUCAAGAAGCAGCAACAGCGGCGGCGGCUCCUGCUGCAGCGGUCGGCGUCUGAUCUGAGCAGUGGCGUCCGUGCCAACCGCGGCGCCGGGCCGCCCUCUCCUGGCGUCGCCCGGGGAAGACCGAGGGUUAGGAGGUACAAGCUCUUGGAAGAGGUCAUCAGUAGCUAGCUGAGCGCCGUACAUGUCGUGCAUCGGUGCAUGGUUUAGUUUUUGUUUCGUGGAGGACGCGUGCGUAUUUAAGCAUGCAGGCAUGUAUUUACGUACAUGUAGUAGACGUGAGCAGGUGCGGCGGUGGAGUUCUAUAGCUCUAUAUAUGUGAUGUUGAGCAUGACGAUCGACUUGCUAACAAUAACAUGCAGCUCGGUCAUUCACUUGAUUCCCGGUUUAGAGAGUGUUAAUGUAAGAGAGACAAAUGACAGUAA